GUCAGUGUAUCAGCCAAUCUUUGGUUUGUAAUGGAGACCAAGACUGCGAGGAUGGCUUAGAUGAGCAGAGCUGUGGCCAAAGCAGCAGCCAGUACUUGUGUGAUCUCGUCAAAACGCCUCCCAACUCGGACCUCACAGGCAAAGGAUAUGACACGCUGACAGGGAAACUGAAAGCAGGUGUGAUUAACACCUUGAGUUUUGGAGGACAGUGCAGGAAGGUUUUCAGUGGGAACCAUAAUGUGAUGUACCGACUGCCACAGAACAUCCUCAGGUUCAGCUUCGAGGUCCAUGUAGACAAUGAGGAAAGUGAUGAGUCUUAUGAGAGCUCAUGGUCCUACGUUCAGCACAUCCAGUCCAAUGCUUUGAUAGGACAUGACCGCCGCAGCUUCCACAAAGAAGUCUCUGACAACAAGGCUCACAGACUUAUAAUCUUGAAAAACAGGGUGGAACUGGCCCAGUUUCAAAACUCUGCCCCCCAGUAUCUGACUCUUUCUGCAGACUUCUGGAAGGCCUUGUCCUCUCUGCCUCUUACCUACGACUACUCAGCCUACCGCCAGGUGCUAAAGACCUUUGGCACUCACUACAUGUCAGAGGGUUCACUCGGAGGCGAAUACCAAGGCUUGUUGGAGUUGGACCUUCAGUCUCACUCAUCCCACAGUGUGACAGAUAUUGAAUAUCAGAGAUGUUGGAAGAAAGUGAAGCGCUUCCUCUUCUUUAAAAAAACCAAAAUCACAUGCGAGAAACUAAAGAAACAUCUGGAAUCCAGUGCUAAAAGCCAUUCGAACAAGAUGCCCAUUAAGGUCAAUAUUGUUGGAGGAGAUCCCAGUUUCAUUGGUGCUCUAUCUGUUGUGGAUCUACAGAAUCCAGAAGCUAAUGGAGAAAUCUAUAAUAAUUGGGCCUCAUCUGUCAAAGACUUCCCUAACGUGAUAAAUCAGAAGCUUCGUCCCCUGUAUGAGCUGGUGAAAGAGGUUCAGUGCUCAGGGUUAAAAAAACUCUACCUGAAGCAAGCGACAGAGGAGUACCUGGCUGAGGAGCAUCCCUGCCACUGCAGGCCCUGCAUGAAUAACGGCCAGCCGCUGCUGACAGGCACGGAGUGUCGCUGCAUCUGCAGACCUGGAACAUCAGGGCCGGCCUGUGAGAGGGGAGCUGAGACUGGACAACAGCCAGGGGUGAUCCAUGGCAGCUGGAGUUGCUGGUCAUCCUGGAGUUCUUGCUCUGAAGGGCAAAGGUCAAGAACCCGCAGCUGCAACAACCCUGCCCCUAGAGGAGGUGGCCAGCACUGCAUCGGGGAGCAGAGGGAACAGAAACCGUGUGAAGAACCAAAUAUCCAAUAUUUACAGAUGAUUGAGCCUCAGUGCUUUGGGCUUUCUAUAACUCCACCAAAAAGGUGUGGACUUCCUCCAAACCUGAAGAAUGGAUUCAUUGAGAAUCCUGAAGAAUUUUACAUGGUUGGAAGCAGAGUCCAAUACUCCUGCAUAGAGGAUUAUUAUCUCAUGGGAAGUGCCAUUUCUACAUGUGGCGAAAACCAGAAAUGGAGCACAGAAGCGAGGGUUUGUAAAAGUUCCAAGUGUGGAACUCCUACAAUCCACAGCUCAGUUGAAGCCACGCCCAUCAAGGAUGUCUAUCUAGUUGGAGACAGAGUGUCGCUGUCCUGUCCCGCAGGGUCGGUGCUGGAUGGUCAGGUCUCAGAGAUCAUGUGCAGUUCCAGUCUGCAGUGGUCUCCGUCUCCUGAUCAUAUUCAGUGUGUAACAGUCUCCCUAUCAUCUGUGCAGUUCUGCUCCAGGGUCGGUCCCAGAAAUCUGUUAUUGGGAGUUUGUCAGCUGGGAGCUUUGAGGUGUUUGGGGCGGAGCAUCACGCUGACCGGACCUGCUGACUGUGACAGACCUGAUGAGACGUUCAGCUCAUGUGACGACUGCAAACCAGGGACAAUCUGUCAAGAAUCCCAGCGAAAAUGCAUCUGUCAGAGUCCGUCAGAUUGCCCUGAAGACUCCGCCCCCCUGUGCGUCAGCCCCGGCGAUGACGGCGCCGCAGUGACCAUGACAGAGUGCGAGGUGGGGAGCAGGAUGUGUGCUGGCGAGGCCUUCCGUCUGAUCAGCCUGGACGCUUGUCCAAGUUAAACACAGACAUGUUUUAACUCUUCAUCUGUAAAUAUUUCACCUUUUUUUUACUUGCUGAACUGUAAAAAAGAAAUGAUUUGUAAACUAACAAUGACACUUCAUGAGUUGCUAUUUUAGGGUUGGAUUGUUUGAAGAUAAAAUCAAUUAACAUAUUCAGCUGCUUUCCGGAUUUCAAGCUAUCAGUUUUAUAAACCUCAAAUAUUAUAAUAGAAUAUUAUUA